CGGGGCUUUCCUCUCUGACGUGAGUGGAAAAGCAAAGCAAGCGAGCUGUGAUAGUCUGUGUGGCACUGGUUGAGGGAACUGAGCCGGUGGGCGAGUCUGGAUAGUCUGUAAAUCGCUGUGUGUAAGGCAGCUAUUUCAGUUGGACCUAGGUAGAGGAUCUGGUUAGGUGGGCCGCUGCCGAUACAAAAGAGAAGGAGAAAACACGCCCUGAAGCGUCAUUGCGCACAGCGGCGCCCGAAGAUUUAAUACCACUGGUUUCAGCUGGCUCUAACUCACCCGCCAGACGGAGCGAGAGCGAGAGAUCGAGAGAGAAAGAGAGAGAGGAGCAACUUCACCAGAAAGCCUGCGAGUACUCAAGAACAGGAGGAACUGGAACUGAGCCCUUUGGGAUUUUUCUGAAUCAAACACUUGCCUUAGACACUUCCCGUUGCGCCUCUUCUUUGUUUUGUACCGGCUUUUUUCUAAAUACCUUUUUAUACAGCUGAACACAGCAAUGGCAAUGAUGCCAGUAUACAGGUAACAGAAUAUUGUUUUGUAUUUGCUGCACUGAUCAACUGGAUGUGACAACUACCGCGGACACAAAAGAGAGAGAAACAUUUUCUCUUUCGUUUUGCUGACCACAUCCUUGUUUAGUUUUUUGUCCUUGAACAGAAGUUAAUUGUUAUAACUGUUGAAAUACACUGCUUUGACAUCCUGUUUUUGGUCACUCAGUGUCGACCUGUGAGUGACUGUAGGACAUUUUUAGUAAGGACAGUAUUACAGUGUGUGUUAGAGGCCAAGCCCAGAGGAGCUAUCCAUUCGUCCUCUUCACAGCAGGACCAUACAUACACACAAGUGUACCGGCAUCUGUGUGCUAGCAGUGGACUUAGUCUCUGUGGGAACAUGGGCUCAGAGAAAGAUGCCGAAUCUCCGCACUCGUCUGUCAGUGGCCUCGCCAACCCCAAAUGCCGGACGCCGGGCAAGAAGCAGCGGCGCAUCUCCUUCCACAGCUUGUUCCAGAGUAAACGAGGGGGCCGCGGCGGCCCUCGUGGGGGCAAAGGGGCCUCUGCCCUACCCCUGACCCCCCAGCAGCAGCAGCCCCAGCCUCCGCCCCCCACUGCUCCCGCUACCUCCCCUGCGCUGCCCUCGGAUGCCCCACUGCCCCUGCCCAGCGGCGAGACGUCGGAGCCGCUGUCAUCCAGCCACGGGUCACUGGGCGGCUCGCGGGAAGGCUCUGGCUCCGGCUCGGCGACGGGAACGGGAACGGCCGCCGGCUCGGUCUCGGGCGGCGAGCUGCUGGAGUGCCCGCUGUGCCUGACGCAGAAGCCGGCCGAGCAGCUGCCCGAGCUGCAGGGCUGCCGCCACCGCUCCUGCCUGGGCUGUCUGCGCCAGUACCUACGCAUCGAGAUCAGCGAGAGCCGCGUGCAGCUGGCCUGCCCCGAGUGCGCCGAGCGCCUGGCCCCGUCGCAGGUCGCCGCCAUCCUGGACGACCAGCCCAUGAUGGAGAAGUACGAGGAGUUCCUGCUGCGCCGCUGCCUUGCCUCCGACCCCGACUGCCGCUGGUGCCCCGCCCCGGACUGCGGCUUUGCACUGAUCGCAUCCGGCUGUGCCAGCUGCCCGCGGCUGGUGUGUGGAAGGGAGGGCUGCGGCGCGGAGUUCUGCUACCACUGCAAGCAGCCAUGGCACCCCAAUCAGACGUGCGACUCAGCCCGCCAGCAGAGGAACAGCAACCACUCACCCAGCUACACCGCAGAGCAAGGCCCAGCGGACGACAUUAAGCCUUGCCCACGCUGUGGUGCUUACAUCAUUAAGAUGAAUGAUGGGAGCUGUAAUCACAUGACUUGCGCCGUGUGUGGCUGUGAGUUCUGUUGGCUCUGUAUGAAGGAGAUCUCAGACCUACACUACCUCAGCCCAUCUGGUUGUACCUUCUGGGGUAAGAAGCCAUGGAGUCGUAAGAAGAAGAUCCUGUGGCAGCUAGGCACUCUCAUUGGGGCGCCAGUGGGCAUCACUCUGAUCGCGGGCAUUGCAGUGCCUGCCAUGGUUAUUGGCAUCCCAGUGUACGUGGGGCGUAAGAUCCACUCACACUAUGAGGGGAAGAAGACGUCACAUCACCGUAGAAACCUUGCCAUCACAGGAGGCGUGGCCCUGUCUGUCAUCACCGCUCCCGUCAUCGCUGCGGUCAGCGUGGGUAUUGGUGUGCCUAUCAUGUUGGCGUAUGUGUACGGGGUUGUACCUAUCUCUCUUUGCCGUGGGGGUGGAUGCGGUGUGAGCCGUGGAAAAGGGAACGGUGUGCGGAUCGACUUCGAUGAAGAUGAUGGGCCAAUUACUGUGGCCGAUGCAUGGCGUGCUCUGAAGUCGCCCAGUCUUGGUGAGAGCAGCCUGGAGGGAGGGGCCAGCGGCCUGAGUACCACCUCUCCCAGUGAGGCCGUUUCCGUGGCACCAGGACCCCUCACUGAGACGCCACAUUUCAACACACUGGCAGGGGGCGCUCUAGGGGCGAGAGCCGGCAAAUACAGCAGACUGGAGGUGAAAGGCGGUGAGCUGGGGAAAGAGACGGUGAGGCGGGAGACUGGAAGCGACUGUGCCAGCACCAGGGGCAUGGCAGGAUCCAUCACCUCCUCCUACACCAUACCAGACCGGGAGGGCACCAACCUGGAGAUUCAGGUGGACAUUGAGACUAAACCCAGCCACCUCUGUCUGACCAGCGAGGAGGACUUGGCCCCUCCCACGGCUGCCAUGAUGGCGGCGGCGGCCGCCGCUGAUGAGCCUCUGGACUGCAGCUCGAGGAGGGGCGGUGUGCUGGCGGGCUCGUUACUAGGGCUGUCACCGGGCGUGUCUCUCAGGGAAGGGCUCCGGGACGUGACGCUCGCACAGCCGGAGAGCAUCCGCAGUGACCUGGAGAUGUCGGACACGCAGUCGGACGACAUCGCCGAGCUCACCUCGGACGACUGCGACUCGCCUAGAGCUCCGGCCCCGCUCCAGCCCACCUGUCGAGUUCCGCCUCCCGGCGACGGCCUGCACUGUCCUGAUAAUGUCAUUUUGUACGUGUGACAGAGAGAGAGAGCAAGAGAGAAACGAGAUGAAGAGGAAGAGUUUCUGGCGAACGUAAUGCACAAUCAGCCAAGUCCUACAUCUCCCCAGCUCCUUGUUUGUUUAUGAAGCUUUUUUCCCCACAUUUGCUGCUUAUUAUUUUUUUUAACAAACUCCUUUAAAGGCAGGCAGCCCAUUGACACUAGUGCCAUCAGUCCCAGAAUUCCUUGGACCUGCCAUCCCAAAGCCCUCGGGUCCUCUGACACAAAAGAAGGGACAGGGAUCUACCAUAGAGACUUAUUGGUGGAGUGUACUGGCGAUGGGGCAGCUCUACUUCUGAGAGCAGAAUUUGAGUGUUUGUUUGUGUGUGUGUGUGUGUGUGUGUGUGUGUGUGUGUGUGUGUGUGUGUGUAUU